UGUUGGAUAUGCUACGCUGAUUCGCUAUAAGUUCAGCAAAGAUGACACCAUGCACCUUCAGUCCAGCAUCCUCGGAUGCUUGAACCUUGUGUGAAGAUGGCAGUGGCAUCAUCUCACACCUACGCUCCUCUCCUGCUCUUGUUCCUCCUGGCCUGUUCAUGCAGGGCAUCACCCGGCCAUGCGGUCGACCCUACCUGCCCUCCGGCCAAGGCGUCGGCGGUGGCAGUGGAAACCUUGGACUGCGGCGGACCUCGGUGCCAGCCACCGGCUCCACAUGUUCCGGUCCCGGUGUUCCCGUAUGACAUCGACCCGAUGCAGUUCGCGCUGAACCUGGAGUACACCGAGGCCGAGUUCUUCCUCCACGCAGUGUUCGGUGUAGGGCUCGACCAGAUCGCGCCGAACCUGAUGUUGGGAGGGCCACCUCCGGUGGGCGCCAUGAAAGCCAACCUCGAUGAGGUGACAUGGCGCAUCGUCGCGGAGUUUGGCCUUCAAGAAGUCGGCCACAUCAGGGCUAUCCAGAACACAGUUGGUGGGUUCGCUAGGCCAAAGAUAGACCUGAGCGCCAGCAACUUUGCAAGGGUGAUGGACCAAGCAUUUGGUUACCAUUUGGACCCUCCUUUCGACCCCUACAUCGACAGCCGCAACUUCCUGCUGGCGUGCUACGUGAUCCCCUACCUGGGCAUCAACGGCUACACCGGCACCAACCCCAUCAUCGACGGCUACGAGACUAAACACCUUCUUGCAGGGUUGCUAGCCGUGGAGGCGGGGCAGGACGCGGCCUUCCGCGCGCUGCUCUUCGAGCGCAAGAGCGAGACGGUGCCGCCCUACAAGGGGAUCACGGUGGCAGAGUUCACCGACCGCAUCUCCGCGGCGAGAAACCAGCUGGGGAAAUGCGGGGUGAAGGACGAGGGGCUCACCGUGCCGCCCGAGCUUGGCGCGGAGGGCAGGAUCUGCACCAACGUGCUCUCCGCCGACAGGGACUCGCUCUCCUACGCCCGCACGCCGGAGGAGCUGCUCAGCAUCCUGUACCUCACCGGCGACGAGCACGUGCCCGGUGGCUUCUUCCCGGAGGGCGCGAACGGGAAGAUAGCACGGGAGUUUCUUCGCAAGCCGUUUGCAGCUGGGGAUAACAAGGCGCCAGCAAAUUAAGUAGGCCCGCAUGAGUGAUUGCAGCGUCAAUCAUCGGCCUGAAUGAAUAAUAAUGUAAAUAGUGUGUGGAUGGCAUGCUCGAUGGAAUAAGAUGGACAGUGUUUGUGCGGCUUCUGAGGUCUUAGAAAUUGAAGCGUUGCGCAGGCUGCACAUUAUUUGUUCGAAACUGAAUUGCAAAACAGAAGCCGGAGCGUAAGAAAUUGGCUUAAACCUCUACGAAUUUGCGGCAGAACGUACAUUCAUAUGUUAUGGAUUUUGCUAAGUACAUGUUUUGCAAGAUCAGGAAGUCUGGAGAAUUUAA